CGUUUCCUGCACCCUCCCCAGAGCUCCCUCGCCUGCGAGCGAGGCGGCGGCGCCACCAUGGCUGACAGCCGAGGCGAUGCAAGUGAGGCGACCCUGGGCUCUCCUAGUCCUGCCCAGCAGCCGCCUUGGGGAAAGAAUAACACAGAGGAGACGGCGGCGGUGGACCCAGCUCUCGGCGGCUUGGAUGGAGGAACUGUGGCCCGGGAUCCACCGGUGCUGCCGCUGGGGAAAGGACUGGCUGGCAGCCCCGCGCCCGGGGAGACAGGGGGCGGGGUCCCUCCUGGCGGGCUGGCCCUGCGAUUUGACAAGCCCAUCAAGCAGGCCUUCUACAACACGGGCGCCGUGCUGUUCGUGUGCCUGUGCUGCGGCGCCGCCGUGCUUGUGUACUUCAUCCUCGAGGCCUUCCUUCGGCCACUCCUGUGGGCCGUGCUAUGCGGCACCUUCCUGCACCCCUUCAAGAGCUCCCUGACGCGCCUGGGCCGCCGCUGGCUCCGCCGACUGCACCGCGCCCACACUCCCAUCGUGCUGGCUGCGCUGCUGCUGCCCCUCUGCUUCGCUAACUACGGCGUGGAGGCCCUGGGCGAGCAGGUGCUGAAGCGCCGCCGCCUUCUGCUGCUGCUGGGCGCAGGCGCUCCCCUUCUCUACACCCUCUACCACCUGGGCAGUUACCUGGGCGUGCAGGUGCUGCUGGCUCACGUCUGCGCCCUCAUCUGCCGGGGGCUGGACUACUUCAACACCCUGUGGAUCUGGACAUUGGUAGUUGGCUAUGUGUUGGCUGUUUCUUUCAAGUGGAAUGCAAGUACUGAACGCUAUUUGAGAGCAGUUUCAAUUCCUGUCUGGAUUAUAUUACUUUUCCAUUUAGCAUCUCUGGCUGGCUCCUGGAGGAUCCCAGUAUUCCUGGUCAUAGUUUUUCUGAUGUCUGUGGGUACUCUUUAUGAAAAGCAGAAUGAAAAAGUCUCCUCUGGGACCGAAUUACCUGGUCAAGUGAUUUCUAUUGCUGCUUCUACAUUGGCCACAUUUGCUAUAACCAUCACAGGGUAUGAGCCAGGUCAGGAAGAACAUAAUUCAACACAACAACCCUCAGAAACUGCAAAUGAUGGAGAACCCAUUCAUACAUUUUCUUCAUCUUCCACUGCUUCCUCUCCAUCCCCCACUUUGGGCAGACAGAGGCCUGAGAUUGGAACAUUUCUUAGAAAAAAGAAAACUAGUGAUGUAUACUUUGUCACCCUUGUAUGGGCCAUCAUUAUAGUCCAGAUUUGGUUGAAUUUAUGGAUUGUUCAGUUGCUUCCAGUGCCUGUUGCAGUCUGGAUACUCAAAAAACUUUUUAUACAUUUUGGAGCUGUGAACUUCUUAGAGAAACGUUUCUCUGGCUGGUGGCAAGUUCUGGAAAAGUUUUUGAAGGAACGCCAAGAAGCUCUUGCACCAUGGCCCAUUAUAGGGCUUGGAAAGUUCAUGUUAAAAGUUGAUAGCAAGCUGUGGCAUUGGCUUAAUAAGAAGAUGAUCGUGUGGUUGGAAAAAAUGCUAGAUAAAAUAAUCAGCAUUUUCAUCAUAUUUUUGCUAGUGAUAGGAACACUUCUUCUGGCCCUACUCCUUACAGCAAAGGUGCAUCAAGAAAGUGUACACAUGAUUCAAGUCACAAGCAGCUUAAUCAAUGAGACUGUCGCCAACCACCCAGAAUGGGCGAACUGGCUUCCUGAAGCUCAGGUAGUUCAAAGAGCUCUCAAUUCUGCAGCUAAUAAUGUCUAUCAGUAUGGACGAGAAUGGAUAACACAUAAGCUUCACAAGAUUUUGGGAGAUAAAGUAAAUAAUACUGCUAUGAUUGAAAAGCAAGUACUAGAACUUUGGGACAGACUGUAUCAUUCUUGGUUUGUAAAGAAUAUAACACAUUCUGGAAGGCACAAAGGUCACAAGAUGAAUAUAACUCGUCAGAAUAGCUGGCUGGGAGAUAUUUUGGAUUGGCAGGAUAUUGCCUCCUUUGUUCACGAGAACAUUGAGACAUUUCUUUCUAUCCUGGAAUCCCUGUGGAUAGUGAUGAGUCGCAAUGUGAGCUUGCUUUUUACCACAGUUACAACAUUAUUGACUAUUCUUUUCUACAGUGGGACAGCACUCCUCAAUUUUGUGCUAUCUUUGGUGAUUUUCUUGACCACACUAUUUUAUUUAUUAAGUUCCAGUGAUGAAUACUACAAACCAGUGAAGUGGGUAAUAAGUCUGACACCACUAUCUCAGCCAGGCCCUUCAUCUAACAUAGUCGGUCAAUCUGUGGAAGAAGCCAUAAGAGGUGUGUUUGACGCUUCCCUCAAAAUGGCUGGGUUCUAUGGAUUGUAUACUUGGUUGACUCACACCAUUUUUGGAAUCAAUAUUGUCUUCAUCCCAUCAGCAUUAGCAGCAAUCCUUGGAGCAGUACCAUUUCUGGGGACAUAUUGGGCAGCAAUACCUGCAGUUCUAGAUCUGUGGCUUACUCAGGGAGAAGGAUGCAAAGCGAUCUUGCUUCUGGUUUUUCACCUCUUACCAACCUACUUUGUAGAUACGGCAAUCUACUCUGACAUAUCAGGAGGAGGCCAUCCUUAUUUGACUGGUUUAGCAGUGGCUGGUGGAGCAUACUACCUAGGCCUCGAAGGAGCAAUCAUUGGUCCCAUACUUCUCUGUAUACUCGUUGUUGCCUCUAAUAUCUAUAGUGCCAUGUUAUUAAGUCCUACAAACCCAACACCCACCCCAGGUCAGAUGCUGUGGCUUCCACAGACACAACGAGGAAUUUCUGAAGAUCCAAAAUCAUCAGAAUGAUGUUGCACCGACUUCAAGAAAUUCUCCUUUCAUUGAGUCCAAAAUAGUUGUGGACUUCCAUCCUUCCAGCUGUAAUGAGCAAGAAAAGUCCAGUGCAGUCACAUUUUGGAAAGAAAAUGUGUCUGCUGGCUCAUAUAUGGAGUACUUUGAUUUUCAGGAAAGAACAAAUGCUGCUGGUGGAUAUGUAUAUUAACAUGCAAUCUUACAGAAGAGAAGCUUGUCUGAUGACUUAUUUUUUAGAAAAUGACCUUGAAAAGUUUUAAGUUAUACACUGGAGUCAUGCCUGUUACCUGCUGGGACAACCAACAUGGAUGUUUUCCUCUGUGGUAAUCUGUUUUGUUCGAAUAGCAUUAAGAAGGGCAAAAUCAUAACUGCUUUUUUCUGAAGCAUCUAGGUAAAUGAAGGAAAUAUGUGCUUACAGUAAUUUUAAGAGCUCCUAAGUACCUGUUAUUAAAAAUGUAUAUAAUAGAAUUAAUUUGUUCUACUUUAAAGAAAUUUGUUUUAAAACAUUUCUAUAAUAACCACUUUUCAAUGAAGAGUGCUUUCAACUUAGAAAUUUACAGCAUUUAGCUGUAUGAGGAAGAAAGGUGAUGAACUUUCCAUCCUCUUUUCCCCUGCUUCCUUAUUUACCAUUGUUAAAAACUGAAAUGAAAAUAACUAUUUGAAUUAAAAUUUACCCAUAAAUGACCUAGAAAGACUUCCCUAAGGAUAAAAAUGUAGCAACAUUCCUAAUAUUGAAAUGAAGUGCUUUUUUUGGCUGUUUUUGCUAGCCCUGCAAUUAUUUUUAAAAAUAGGAUAUAAAAUGAUACUUUUUUCCCCAUAUGUUUUCAGUGGGUCUAUCAAGUGCAGUGGUCUGAUUUCUAAAUCCAAUUUUCACAUUUGAAAUCCAUCUGUCAUUUAUUUAUUUUUAAUUAUUAUGCUUUAAGUUUAUAAGACAAGUUGAACUUUUUUAAAAUAUUGUUAUUAGUUACUAUUUUUCAUCCAUACAAACAGGGACAAAGCAUAACUGGUGUUAUUGUCCCCAUUUUACAGAUAAAAAAUGUGUAGUUCCUGCAUAGUUUUAGGGCUGUAGGGGACUUCAGUUAUCUAGUGCUACCUCCUUGUUUUAUAGAUGAGGAAACUGAGGCCCAGAAUAUUAAAUAAUAUGUUCAGCCUCUCCUAUAUAGUAAAGUAAUAGCUCUGGCAUUGGAACCCAGGCCUUAUUACUCAAAAAAUCCCAUGUACUUUGUGCUGUGCCACACUGUUUGAUGAAUAUUUCAAAAUAUAUAUUUGAAUCAAUGUGUAUACUUCCUGCAGAUUUAUAACACUUCCAUACCUAGAUAUUCUCAUGAGUUAUUAUGGCCAUAAAAUUUUCAUUAGCUGGUAACCAACCUUGUGGUGAUGAUGACUUUCUGAAUUUAGUUGGGCUUGUGAGAAGUGGGGUCAUAUCCUUACCCUCAUGGAGCAUAGGAAGAGGAUUUCAGAAAAGGGACAUAUUUAUAAUGUUGGUUUACAAAGUCUAUGGUUAUUUUUUCUUGCUUCAUGAUUUACUCAGUAUGAUCAUUAAGACAUAUUUCAAUAGAUAACUACUUGGUAGUUUCUUCCACAAAACUCUAGAUUCUCUAAAUUUAAUUUUCCAGCUAGGAAAUUGAGGGCAAAAAUCACAGAAGGUUGAGUACAUCUGUCCUGAGUAGUUUAGACUUCAGGUGAGCACUCAAUCAAGUAUAUGACAGAUAAAAUAACCAUUCAAAUAAAUAUCCCAUUUGCUACCUUGAAACUUGCAAAAAACUAGAGUCUAGAAAAUAUGUUUACAUUAAGGACUUAUCGAAAGUUUGGUGCAGCAUCCUGAUCUUCUGACUUCAGCCCCAUGUUAAAGGGUUCAAAUUGUGCCUCUACUACAGCCUAUGUGACCUGAGGCAAGAAACAGCCUUCUUUUCUUCCUACAAAAUGAAGUAACUAAUUUGAUGAUUCCCUAGCUUAGAUUCAAUUAUAACUCUGCUUUUUAGUUGGUUCUACUCCUGCCUUAAUAUAGGUCUAAAAUAUAUGUAUCCAUUGUUCCUAUAUCAAGAAAAAGAGAACAGACAGAAGUAUUAUAUGAAUUUCCUUAUAUUUCUUUUAAAUAAAAAUGAUGGCAUGUUCAGUACUGAUAAAUAAGAGGACACCAAGAAGCAGUUAAGCAUGCCUUUAGGUUACUGCAGAAAAGAAAUUGUUUAAUAAAAUUUAGCUUGAAGUUAUUGCUUUUUCUGAGGUCUAUAAAUUGGAAAUCUUCAACUUUUUACUUGGUAUGUAUAUAUGUGUGUGUAUACAUACAUACAUACAUACAUAUAUACAUAUAAUACAUAUAUAUGUAUGUAUGUGUGUGUGUGUAUAUAUAUAUAUAGUGCACAUUCUCACAUAUGAUAUGACAGAGUAAAUUUUAAGAGAUCUGCCCAAAGUCUUUUCAAUGUCUAUCCACUUUUCUUUCUCCAUUUUCUGAGCCCCAGCUUAUUUCAUAACCUGGGCUAGAGGCUAAGGAAGAUACAAAGAUGAAUAAAACAUAGGAACUAUCUUCAAGGAAUUUUUUUAUCUCAAACUGGCCUCUAAGACAACAUUUUUAAUUCUACAUAAAUAGGGUUCAGAAACAAAUGUUUUAUUAAAUGACUAUAGUUGAUUCUGUAAUGGUAAAUAACAUACAGGUACAUCUAUAGAAGUUUUAGAAGUCUACUCUUAAGACAUUUAAAUUCAUCUUAAUAAGAAUUAGUAAAAUGUAUAAGAAACAUAGAUAGCAACGGCUGUCCCCACAACAUUAGUUAUAAUAAUUGAGCCUUUAUUAAGCAGCAGCUCAGUACAGGAAGAAAUAAGCAGGCUUUGAAGCCAGGAAGACCUAGGUUCAAGUCCUGCCUUUGGCAUUUUGCCUGUAAGGGCCCUGAACAAAUCACUUAACCUUAGUAUUCUUCACAAUUUAAUAGACCAUAAAUUGCAAAGAAGAUACCAACCUGAAUUGGUAGAGGUAGUUUCUUUACCUGGGAGAUCCUUUAGCAGUGAGAUUACAAGACCAGUCCCUAUCUUUUAUUGAAUCCCAGCUACGUGUCCUAAGUAUCCUGAGGGCUUGAUUAAAAAAUUCACACACACACACACACACAAAGUUUCUGCCCUUAAGGAGUUUACAAUAUGACAUUAAUGAAAGCAUGUACACAAGGAAGUGAUUAAUGCAAGCUCUAACAAGAUCAGAGAUUUGGGAAGAAAAUGAUAAAACCUUUGUGCUCACCCCAAUAUGAAGUAAAUGUGACCCAUCGUCUAAUAUUACAGUCACCAUAUUAUAUAUCUUGGAGCUAAUAAUGUUCUGUUCUAAUAAUGUUACUAUUUUCAAAAGACCUUCAUUUGCUUUUAUUGAAAAUCCCUAAAUCCUCGUACAGAAGAGUUGGAGAGUUGUGAGGCAUCACUAAUUAUAGAUGGAAUUCCUAGCGCAGUUUUGUCCUUUUUUUGUACGCUUGGGAAAAAUCACUUAUCCUGCCUCAGAUCCCCCAUCUACAAAUCAAGGACAGUCCUACUUUGUCUUACGGGAUUUUCAUGGAACUCAAAUGAAAGACUCUUUGUAAAAGCACUUUAUGAGUUGUAAAGCACUGUACAGAUAUAAGGUAGUAUUAUUGUUAUUGUUAUUAUUACUGCUACUAUUAUUGCUGUGGUUUCACUCACUCGGUCAUUAUUUCUUGACUGUCUAGAAGUACCAAAAAUGUGUUACCAAGUACUUGCUGUAUCCACUAGAUUACCUUUUAAAAUCACUCCACAUUUAUAUCUAGUACUAUACCAAGCUUCAGAAUUACUCAUCUAUCAGACCAUAAGCACAUGUUCAAUAUCGCUCUUAAUAUUCGGCUCUGAGGAAGACGGUGAUUUCCUGGGCAGGUUACCCUCUCCAGCACCCAGAGUUGUGUGCAUGCCCCAGGCCUGAGCUUCCAGUCUCUCUGGGGGGCCUGCUAAAACUUAGUAAGGCUAGGAGUCACAUUCCAGAGGGGGUCUCUUUGAUAUGCCGCAGCUAAUGAGGAGUUACCCUUUAAUUUUUACUUUUAAUUAAUUUCCUCGUAUAUUUAGGCUUAAACAUGUUCUAUCUUUUGAAAUUAAUGAUUUUGAACAUAUGUAUAUAGUAUCUAACCCCCACUGGGUAUUUCCUUUGUGUAGUGUAAGGAAGGUGAUUUACCUCCCUGAAUUCCAGUCUUGAUACCAAAUUUUAGCUAGAGAGUGCUAGGAGAGAGCAGUCAAGAUAGUAAGGAUGCUCAAAAUCAAGCAACAGGAGAUAACUAGGGAUAUUUGGACUAAAAAUUUUUUGAAGAGUUGCCACAUAGAGGGGAAAAAUGAGAUCGUCUUUUUUGGCUUCAGAGACAAGAACUAAUACCAGUAGGAGGAAUCUCUAAGAGGAACUUCUUAACUAUUAGAAAUGCCAAAACAUGAAAGGGGCUGCUUGAUUUAAGUGAGUUUCCUGUCGCUAUCGGUUUCAUGAGAAAGCUGGACAGCAUCCUCUUUGGAGAUGUUCCGAACAAGGUUCCAUUUUUAGAAGGGAUUUUUGGUCAUUAUGACCUCUAAGACCCCUUCCAAUGAUUAAGAUACCUAGUUCCUAGCACAUACUAAGCACUUAAUAAAUGCUUCCUUUAUUUACCCAAGUUAUUUAAAAUACUCAAAACUAUUUUAAGCCAAAAUACUUCAUCUGCUUCCUAAUGCCCUGUAUCUACCUGAAGUAAGUCUUUAUCAGCCUAAUAUGAGGUAUCUGUAAGGAAAUGUGAAUUAGAGAUUCCAUUACUAUGAUAUGAAAUUUUCUCAUAGGUUUCACUGGUUGUUAGAUCCUUAAGCUGUCAUGAAAGAUAAUUCCUUUUAUAUAUACAAGGUAUUUUAUUGAAAUGUUGAAUUUUUCAGUAAUAAUAGUCCUAGCAUGUGAACUAUACUUGAUACUUACCAUAUUCCUUUUGUAGACAUUAGUUAUCUCAUUUGUUCCUCCCAACAAACAAGGCAAGUAGCAUUAUCUUCAUUUGCUCUAUCCUUCCAGAGCUUGUGACUUGCCUAAGUGCCAGAGCUAGGACCAAAGCCUGCUUCUUCUGAUUCUUUGUCCAGUAUUGUUCCCCAUUCUACAUGCUGCUACUUUGUCUAACCAGUGCACUUAUUAAUCUAUGGGCAGCUGAUAUUCUACCUCUCUCUACCACCACCCUAAAAAUAAUCCCUGUGCUUUUUUCUUAUUGUGUUUUUUGAAGUAACGCUAUUACCAAAUGGUGAAAUUUGAUGUCAAAACACCAAAUUAAUGUAAUUUUUUCUCACCAUAAAUUACUAAAGCUGAGGAUUGUUUCUGACAGUUGAUCUCCAUUUUUAAAAUUUGCAUUUUAUACUUUUGAAAAUGCAACUAAAAUACAUGGGACAUCAAUGUGAAUUCUUAAUGGUGAUUUUAAAAUAAAAAUAUAUUCAUAACUCCAGAGGGCAUCUAACUGUAUUCAGUCCACUCAGGUGUGCCAUACUAGUAAUUUUGUCUCUGGUCUUCAUCUGGGUGGUCUCCCAAGUUAGGGAGAUAAUAGAUUUUUUUAUGUUAGAUGGUAUUAGUAAGAAAAUAUACAAAGUUUUAUUUACUGCUGCUUUGUGAGAAAAAAAGUUGAUAGAUUCUUGCUUGUAUGCCAGUGAGGGUGUCUCUACCAAAACUAGAGUAAACUAAAAGGGCAAAAGAAAGUUUACAAACAUCUUUUAACUUAGAAUUUUAUUUUUAAAAUUUGGAUAGCUCAGAGUACAGCUAAAGAAAUCUCCCUUGAGAUGCCAGAAAACCUGAAUCAAAUUUAGAUACAAGUUUCUGCAUUCGAAAAAAAAAAAAACUAUUUAGAAUAGGGACUCAACCUGGAUCUCCAUGGAUAGAUUUCAGUAAGUCCAUGAAUUUGAAUGUGGAAAAAAAUUACCUCUCCAUUUUCAUUAACCUCUAAGUGAAAUGCAGGGUAUCUUUUAAUGAUGAUUUUAAAAAUUAUUCUAAGGAGUCCAUAGGCUUCAUCAGAUUGACAAGAGCAGUAUAUGAUCUGCCCCCCCCCCCCCAACAUGUCUCGGAAUUCCUGGUUUAGGAACAUAACAUUAUAGAUCUUCCCAAAUAUAGGAGAACUAUAUGUGUCUUGAAGGAACAGAUUCUAUUAGGAUACUAAUAGAAUAGUAUUUUAGAGUUAGAAGGAAUGUCAUUAUGGAUACCUUAAAGAUUCUCUUAGUACAACCUCUAUAGCAGGUGAGAAAACAAGAAGACCACCCAUUUGAAUACUGGUGAUGACAAAAGAAUGUGACAAGAGAAUACUAGUAAGUGGUGACAGAGAAUGUUUCCUGUGCAGAAGUGUGACAGAUGUAAACACAAUCCUUUACCACCAACCACAAUUGGUAGAAUUUCUCGUCUCUUAACUGCCCAAAUGAAAGCUAUGCCUUGGCCACUUAUGUAUUGGUGCUACCUAUUUCAUUUCAGUUUCCAAUUGUCUUUUUUUUUUCAAUCAGUUCCUUGACAUUUUUUAAGAGAAAUUUUUCAUUUCCUAAAAUUUUUAACACUUUUGAGAAAUUCAGCCCUUUUUAACAAGAGAGGUAUGUCACCACUACUUGGGAAUAAUUCAUUUCUGUAACUCUUAAUGGUUUACAGAGCAUUUUUACAUACAUAUUUUCAUUUGAGUCUCUUAAUAAGCCCAUGAGAUAGAAGUAUGAUUAUUCUCAUGUUACAGAUAAAGAAACAAGAAUCCCAGAAUGGUGAUUGUCCAAGGUCACUCAAUUAAUGAAAUUGAACUAGAAUGUAAGUGUCUGACUUGCUAUUUAGUACUCCUAACACUAUAUCAUGAGUGCCUCUCCAGCAUACUGUAUUCUUUUGUUCAUCUCAAAACUGGAGCCCUUCACAAAUGGCAUGAAAUUCAACUCUCAAGUGAAUUUAGUUUGUCAGAGUUCCCUGUUUUCUGGUGACCAAGUAUGUGUGAGAGUCCUUCUAUUUUGAGCAAAUUUGAAGAAAUGCCUUCGUUCAUUCCAACGACACCCGCAUAUCUCAUAUAUCAUUUGAUUUUGAAACCAGGAUGUGUAGCAGUAACUGCAUAUGUAACAACUUGAAAAUAUCAACUCUGAGUCAACAUAUUUCAAACAAAGAAGACAUGGUCUGAAACUAGAAACAAAAACAACGAGGGUAGCAGAAGCACUCUUCUUUCUUGCACAAAUGAUAUUUCUUAGCUUUCAACUGCUUUUGACAAGGUGCCAAUGUCACUUCUUUGUAAAUGAAACUAUAUUUUGAAAUAAAAUUAUCAGUGUUGAAUGUUUAAAA